UGUCUGUCACUCCUUAUCUGUCUUUUCCCGCCCUUCCGAUUUAGUCCCGCCUGCCUUCUCCAUCCACACCCACACCCAGCCCAGCAGCAGAGCACACACCUUCUCUCUCACACACACCCCUCUGAGCUCGACCAACCACAUCAUCUCCAACUCAACAAGUACUACAACGAGAACGACAGGCAGUCUCCAUGGACGCGAUGGAGUCCUCGUCGCCCUACUCGCUGCGCCAAAAGCUGCGGACCACCGUCUGCGGCUGCUUCGGAUCACCGUCGUCGCCGGUCAGCAGCGCGGGGAGGCCGCACACCGGCGGCGGCAGGGCCAGGUGGAGGCGGCGCAUGGCGGCCACGGGGGUGUUCCGGUACGACCCGCUGAGCUACGCGCUCAACUUCGACAACAGCGGUAGUGACGGCGGCGAGCGAGACACUAAGGACACCGCCUUCCACUUCCAGUACAGGAACUUCAGCUCGCGCCUGCCGCCCUUGCCGACACCGACUGCCGGGCGUGCCACCACGGUCGCCAUCGCCUGAACUGAAUCAUAGUAGCAACCGUCGUUUAUUACUUCUGUAGGUUCUGUCUCUCUGAUUUCGUAAGCGAUUCAGUAGCCAGUAGCAGCAUACGUGGUACGUAUAGGAUUUUUUUGGGGUCAGUUUACCAGUGCAAUAUCCCGGUUGUUCCCCAUGGAACCCAAGUACUUGUACAAGAAUAAUAAGCAUUUGAACAAUGGGUUUGUCUUCUGCUAGAUGAACUGUGAGGGAAAUUUA